AUGGAAAAAUCGCUGAACUUCAUCAAACGGUCAUCCGAGUAUGAUGCUUUGUCACAGCAUGAUAGCACAGAGUCCAUCGGAUCAGACCAUGAUGAAAACCUUCCAUCCCAUCAGAAGGCGCGCCGAUCUCAUCGGUGGAAGUCCUACCUGAAGCUUGCUCUCAUCUCCGGUGUAUUUCUGGCUGCUUAUUCGUUGCUCAUUGUUAGCCUUACGUACAAUGCCGCCAAAAGCCACCGGAAGAUUGGGCAGAGAUUCUUAAAAACACCAGUCGAUCCGGAAUACAUCGUAUAUGAGCCCCGGGUGAUGGAGCAAUGGGAGGACCGACACGGCGAGCCCGUCACAUACUUUGGUGAGCCCAGUGAGAAAAUCGACAAGGGAUGGCACGACCUUUUCAAGUAUCAAAACAUCGGGGUAGACCCUAAAUUGAUGAAAGAAAUGGAUCGUGAUUGGGAGGGGAUCCAGCUUCCUGACGGCACCUACUAUGGAUCCAUCAUGGUCUUCCACCACCUCCACUGUCUUAAAAAUCUCUAUCAUGCGCUCAACCCCGAAUACUACGGGCUUGCCAACUUGACGGGCGAGGAGCAAGCCUCAUGGAGGGAUCACACUACUCACUGCCUCCACAUGCUGAAGGAAGCCGUGAUGUGCCAGGGUGACACUACGGUUCUCACCAUGAUGUGGGCGGACUAUCGCCUCCGCCCCAUUGGCAACCUGACCGCUUCUCACGAAUGCGUUAAUUGGGAUCGCCUGAUGGAGUGGGUCAAGCCCAACUCGAGGGACCUGACUAAAGAGGGCUAUCUGGUUCAUCCCAAGUUCGGUACGUCAUUCGUCAGCUACGGCUGCUCAUCGCUUUCAACCCGAGUUGCUGACGCAGAAUUCGUCUACGAUACAGGUCCAGUGGUGGUUGAUGGUCACCUUGGUAAUGGCCCGGUCGGCUAG